AUGGAGUUGCACAGAGAAGCAGAAGAGACAAAACAGGGAAUCAACGGCGCAGACGUAGAUAAAGAGGGUUCGAGAAACGGUAGUAGUGAAACUGGCGAUCGAAUUGACAGUGGGUCUACAACAAAGCUAACUAAGGAAGUUCUUGACAGGAUAGUAUCCGAUUCAGAUUCUGGGAAUUCGAAUCCGAACUUGAACUUGGCUGCUACAUCUUACUCGAAUAAGUUAAAGUCGAGAAGUUUAUCCAAAGCUGGUGAUUUGGAUUACGAGGAUAACAGCUCCAGUGGAUUAUCAAAGGUUACUUCGCCUGAACAUCCUAAUUCAGUUUCGCUUUCGGACAUAUACGUUUCAUCGGAUGCAGAGACCGAAAAAAUGGACUUAGAAGAAGACGAGUCACGUGUUAAAUUAUCGGAAAUGGUAGUUGCCAAUGGCGACGAUAGCACAAAGCCUGUAGCUGAGGACAGUAACAAGGAUGGCCACGAGGAUAAGCAGGAGAUUCUCCAAGAAGUUGAUAACGGCACUGCACCAAGCUCUGACGCGGGAGUUGAACAUAAUAACGACAAGAGCGAAGUCGAAGAAGCGGGGAAUGCAGCUGUUAAAGGGUUUUCUGAUGAAGACAAAAACGAUAACUUGGAACACUUAGGGUCUGCCAAGGAAAAGGAACCGACCCUGCCCGAACAAGAAAACAAUAGUGCGGAAAAGGAAGAACUUCCGGAGGAGGAGCAUGCAUCAGAGAAUGGCAAGACAACUGCAGACAGUCCUGAGAGCGGAGAAGAAAAAUCAGGCGUUCCGGAAAAACGCAAACUUGAUGAAGAACCAGUAAAGGCAGAAGACGAAACUAAAGGCUCUGACGACAACGAAUCAACAAGCAUCAAAACUGAGCAAGUCUUUAAGAAACCGAAGUUACCUUCUGACUUGAAGCCAGGAACAUAUGAAAAUGAGCAAGAGACGCAUAGGAACGGUGAACAUGAAGGUGACAUCGAUGCUGAUGCCGAAGCUGAAGAAGAAGAAGUAGAAGAUGAUGGCGUACUAGAAAGCGAACUCGACGAUAAUAAUGAAGAUGAAGAGGAGUUGGAACCAGAAAUGGAGGAAGAAGAUGAUGAGGAUGACACAGAAAGUAAAAAGAAGCAAGAUACAGAAAAUGAAGAUUCUGCACAAUCUGAAAACGGUCUUUCACCAAUGGAAAUAGAAAAACUAAGGCAAGAAGCGCUAUCGGAACUCACGAAAAUUGAAGUCGAGUUUGCAAAACUACGCCAGAGUUUAUAUGAAAACAAAUUAGCAAAGCUGCAAAAUGAAUUGCAAAUGUGCCUGGAUGGAUCACACCCUCAACUCCAAACAUACUACCAAAAGAUUGAUUCAAUUCGCGAUUUCAAACUAAAGAGAAUGUACCAAAGACAGAAAUACGAAUUGGAAUGCAUUGACAAGGAGACAAGGGCUACUAGAACUUUCAUUCAUCAAGACUUUUACAGAAAAGUGUCUGACCUAAAGCAUAAACUAUUAAGCGAUACAACGCAAAAAUGGUACGAUAUUAAUAAAGAGAGACGUGAGAUGGAUGUAGUUGUGCCUGAAGUCAACUAUCAUGUUCCUAUCAAAAUUGCUAAUAAAUCGCUAAGUUGCAUUACAGGGUACGCAGCUCCUGCACAUCCUAGGCGCCCAGGGGAUGUAUUAUCAGAAGACCUGCUAUGUGAAAACAUUAACUUCAGAUAUCACAACAAUCCUGUUGAUAAACUUGAGGUUAUUGUAGAUAGAAUGAGAUUCAAUAACGAGUUAAGUGAUUUGGAUGGUUUGAAGAGAUACUAUGGCGGGUUCCCUGGAGCUCCCGAGCUCGGGAGUUUGAAAGAAUCCGAAAUACAUGAGGAUCUUACAGGAAUACAGCACCGCUGA